UGAAGAUUAGAUAAGAGGACCCCUACCAACGUCAUCCCGACAGUUCCUUAUCCGCAAUCAACCUGACACUCCAAGGGGACAGCAUACAAAUGCUCAACCAGAAGUAAUUCCUGUCAUUCGAAUCAUCCGUUUCCGCCACGAGAUCCAAAUCAAACCUACCACUUCUCACCGAUCUCUAUUCCAUCCUUUCCGACCAAACGAUUCGCGGAUUCUCUCAAUCAACAAUGGCACCAUCGAACAUUCCCACUCGAGCUCUUCCCAUUAUCAAGACAGUUCUUCGCAGAGCUUCUAAGACCAACACUGCGAAUUCAGCCCGUACCUCAAUUGCCGCAGCUCGGACAUAUCACAAGAUCGAGCCACCCAGACCAAAUGGACUUCGACUUCAACCUCAACAAUCCACAACGUCUACUAUCCCCGCAUGGAAACCAGUAUCCGUAUCCGUAUCCGUACCUAACGCUAGAGGAUUCGCUGAACUAAACUCCUCGUCUGGACGAAGCGAGGCCGAUCUCCUCGUGGGAGAAUUGGAAGAACUCUACGAAGCCGCAAAAGACGAAUUCGAAAUCGCAACCGACAGCGUCGAAUCCGGUACUAUAUACGCUCCAUCCGACCGCGCCGCAGCGCGCGAUGCACUUACUCACCUCACGCGGAUCUAUACGCUAUAUACCGAAAUGGGAGUCUCGCAUGACCCCGGAGUGCAUACGGAUCAUAACACCCAGAGUGAUGUGAAAGAGGAGACGUUGGGCGGGGAUGUCGCGCCGAAUUAUGAUCCGGAGGAUAUCCCCCAGGAGGUGAGGGAGGAGGUGAAGAGGAGGGUGGGGCAGAGGAUUAGGGAGUUGCAAAGUGCGGUGGAUGCGUUGGAGGAGAGGGCGCAGGCGCAGUGAUUGUUAUUUCUUUCUUCCUGUUUGGUUUUUGGUGUGGUUGGAGGGUGAUAUGUAGAGUUCGAGGUGAUGGAGAGUAAGAGACAAUGAUCAUGAUGAUGGGAGAUUUAUGUGGAGAGAGACUAGUUAAAGGAUAAUCAGUUUGAUCUGUAUGCAUGAGUAUGCGAUGCAGU